AUAAGAAAUUGAACGAAUUUUCCGGGAGGGAUACCAAAGCCGUCGUCAAAGAUGUCCAGUCUCAUUGUCGUCUGGGACGAUUACGUUGUAGCACACCGUGAAGUUUUCUCAGUGUAGCAAGACAUCUUUUAAAGAGACGAUGAAACUGCUUAUCGUUUUUGUUGUAGCAUGUUUGAACCAUUUAGCCACGCCAGUGCAGGUGAAGCGUCGGUCAGUUUUGCCUGUAAAGGACGAAGAACGACUACCUCGAUGGCAAGAACCAGUUUUGUCAUUUAUUAAGAAGUUGUAUCGUGGUAGAGGUAGAAGUAUGGCAAGCACUUCACUAAACAAAAUCGAUGCGCUCUGUAACUUUAAUUUAUGGACAAGAAAGAAUCCCUUUGUACGAGAAACACUUUUAACUGGCGAUGUUGCUCUGCUAUCCAAAUCGAAUUUUAAUGCUUCCAAUCCAACUAAAGUGUUUAUUCAUGGCUGGAAUAUGAACGGGCACAACCACACUACUUUGAUUAAUUUAAAAAACGAAUUCCUUGCUAAAGAAGAUUGCAAUUUCAUUGCUGUGGACUGGGAAACGUUAGCAAACACCGGGAGUUAUUUCUCAUCGGCGGCCAGUAUCCAGCCGAUCGGAGUCGUCACGGGCGAUUUCCUCAAUUUUCUGAUCACGCAAGGAUUAAAUGUGAGUCAGUUACAUAUUAUUGGUUUCAGUUUGGGAGCUCACAUUGCGGGUAAAGCUGGGGAUCAUGCAAGUGAACACCUUCCUCGAAUCACAGGUUUAGAUCCCGCUUAUCCAGGAUUUUCAAUGGACAAUACCAAUGCAAGACUAGACGUGACUGACGCUCUAUUCGUUGACGUUAUCCAUACAAACAGUGCGAAUUUAUUAGAUGGUGGACUCAGCUUUCCGACGAGUAUUGGACAUGUAGAUUUCUGGCCAAAUGGAGGCAUCGUUCAACCCGGCUGCUCGGAAACAGUAGGAUGUAGCCAUUCUAGAGCUUUGCUUUAUUUCAUCGAGUCGAUUAAUGGUAAAACACCUUUCACAUCAACAAAAUGUGGGUCAUACGCAGACUGGGAGACGGGAUUCUGUAAUAACAACACACAGACAUCAAUGGGUUUGUCGGUCUCUACACUUGAAACUGGGAAUUACUAUUUGGACACCAACCGUGAAGCUCCUUUUGCGCUUGGUUAAUGCAUCAUCAUGUAUCGUAGGUACAAGACGUUUUAUGUAGAAAAAGAGGGUGAAGGAAAACUGCCUGCCCUUUGGGUUUGCCAUGGGCAGUGCUACAAGAUCGAGAACUGCAGCGUCUGAAACGUGUCCAGUUGUUUCGUAGGUGUCAUACGUGUCGUUGUGCUAUUGGAGUGAUAGUGCCUACGUGUAAUUUUUUGCUGGCUGGUCCUUGAAAGGCGUGGCGUUUAAAGCGUAUACAAGAUAAUCUUUGAUCAAUGUCGGACAUUCUCAUUCCAUUCGGUCCUAGAGUUUCAUCGGCUUCCUCGGCUGCUUCGGCCGGCUGUUGCUGGAAUGUGCUCCACCAGCUGGAAAGGGCUCCUUUCGCUUGCGAUAAAGCUCCUCCUACGUUUGCAAUGAACGAGUUCUGACUUUAAGCACUGCGUAAACAAACUUCUUAACGAAUGAAAUAACUUACCAACAGCUUUGCUGGUCUGCGCUACUGCCCGACUGGUACUGGCAGCAGCAUUGGAGAUCUUA